AUGGGUGCCCCCUCCGAGGCGGGGGUCUCCUCAGAGGGCGGCAGUGGGGCUCGGGCCGCCGGGCGCCGGCCGCCUGUGGAGAGCCUGUUGCAGGACCUUCCUUCAGCAGUUGACGAUGAAACCCCUUUUAGAGGGGAAGUGAGAGCUGUACCUAAGGAAGAGCAACAUUCUAUUGAUUUAGUUGAAAAGAAUUAUGUUUAUGGCGACACCAAACAGGAAGUUAAUGUUUAUGUUAAGGUGUUUACAAAUAGCCCAUUUCUAGUAUGUAUGGAUUUGGCUCGUUCUCGAGAAGAAGUAAUAGAUCCCAAGUAUUUGUGGAUUGGUCCAGAUGGAAAAAAUUUAGAAGGGCAAAUGUAUGUGAAUCUUACAAAAACAGGAAAGCUGAUGGUGAUGGGUUUUAAGGAGUCCAUGUCUGGAGCCUACACUUGUACUCUCUCUCACAAAAUCAUAGAAACUACGACACAAGAAGAAAGAGUAGUGUUUGAGGCAUAUAAAUUCAUGGUAUACGCAUACAGGGAAGCUGACCAUGCAUAUCAGGUAUUUGUUCGCUUUACUACAAGGGAAUGCGAGUUAGCACCUAACGGCCAGUUCUUUGAGGAACUAAAGAAAAUCUUAAAUAACAUCAUCUCUGAUCUGACGUGUCACAUCAUAGAGUCAUCCUACAAAUGCCAUUCUGUCAAGAGACCAAAACAAGGCCUCCUGCACGAACUAUUUGUUAGUUUUCAAGUCAAUCCUUUUGCACCAGGAUGGGAAGAAGUUUGCCACCAGGUUCCUUAUGAUUGUGAAGAUGCGACAAACAUGAGAGUUCAAGAGGCACGAGAGCGAAUUGGAGAGUUUUUCAAUAAGCAGACGUAUGCUUUGAAGCACGAGUUUCAAACUGUUCCUACAAUACACUAUGUGGACAACAGUUUCUCAGUUACUCACAUUGACAGUUGUCGACCAGGUUUUGGGAAAAACGAUAUCACCCACAAGAACUGCGCUAGUUGCUGUGUGGUGUGUGAGCCUGGAACUUACAGCCCUAACAACGAAGUGACCUGCCAGAUUUGUACAAGGCCUCGAGUCAAAAAGUACGGAGCAAGAUCUUGCUAA